UUUUACGGUUCUCGCAGACAGGAUAGGUGGGGUGAUAUUGCAGUGACAGAUCCUCCCCCACCUAUCAAUCCUUUCGAUAUUGAUCAUAUACCUCAGUGUGUUUUGAUGAAUUGGCGUUUUGGUGGAUUGAGCUUCGGAAGCAGUUUCUUCAUGGCAUAAAGAUUGUGAUUUUAAUGGUCCUUGUUUUAAAUUCAAGGGUUUUGUGGCUCCUCCGGUUUCUCUUAUAGAAGAAGGCAGAAGAGGAAGCAUACUUCAAAGUCCAAUAGAUCUUGAUCUAUAUGGAAUGGGAGGUCGGGGGAAAAUUUGGAUUCCAAGGGAGAAUUUUCAAUGUGAAUCUUUGGAUCCCAAAGGCGACGAGGGUAAAUAUAUUAACCCUAAUUUUCUUCAAAAUGGAAUUGAGAAAGAGAUCCCACCUCAAGUUUGGGUUUCGAUUCCAUUAAUCAACAUAGAGGGGGAGUUGUUGGUCCUCAAGGCUUGAGAUUUACAAACCUACAUAAUUAUUUUUCAGAUCUGGGGAGAGUCAAUCUCCUUGUCACAUCUUCAUCAGCAAAUCCAGUCAAAUUAGGUUAAAAGUGGGGGAUAAUAGUGAAAACGUAUGCUUGGGUCCAGUUGGACAGCCUGUUGAUCCUCCUACGCACAAUGCAGAUUAUGAGGUGCAUGAGAUGCAUGAUGCACCAAAUGUUAUGACACAAACUGGAGGAUACCCUAAGGAGUCCCCGCAUGCUAGAGGCGAGGAGGCACCUUCAUCAUACAUUGAUGAUGUAGUGUUGAUGACCAAGGAGGAGUUGACACAGAUCCAGGAGAGCACCUUGACAACCAUUUCAUUUGGCCUUGAUAGCUUGAUGGGUACAAGCAGCACGAUUGCGAGGCUGUGUAAUUUAGGAUCUGGUAGUGCAGUUGGAGAUAAGGGAAAGAGAAUUCUUGGCUUCACAUCCUUGUUGACUACACCCAGUAUACUUGAAGAUGAAGAAGAAGAGAUGCCUCUAGUACAUGUUGUGUAUGAAAAUAUUGAAAACAUACCUCCUCUACCGAAGACAUACAUCAAGAGUCAUGCAAAGCCGAAGAGAAAACGUGGAGAUGAGAUCCUUCAGAGCCGAGCAGUGCGACGAAGAGGAUCGAUUUUGAUGAUCCAUCAACAGCUUAGGAUGUUAUAGAUAGUUUUGGGAUGCUUACAUAUCUAGUUGGAAUGCAUAUUUUGUAUAUGGACAUACAUUCACAUAUAUAGACAUACAUUUUGUUUGA